AUGGCUUCCUCCCUGCGCCUUAAAACAACUAGGUUGCGACCUGCUAAUCGUGCGGCGAUUCCGCUGGCCUCCAUCAUAUCCAGGCAUGCACCCAUCCGCCGGGAUCCGCAGCGGACGACAUAUGCUGGAUUAGUUGAACAUACAAAAGGGAAUGAGCACUCGCAUGCCAUGGUGGGAAACCUCCAGAUGCCACCACAGCUUCCGAUGAAUCGAAUCCAACAGAUACGACCGCACCUUUCCAUCCAUCAAGCCAGGAACGUUCCUUACUGGCGCCACAUCAAGGCGUGGAAAGAUAUUCCGGAAGAAGAAUUCCUCAGCUACCGAUGGCAGGCAAGACGAAAAGAGAAGCUGUUCAGCUUCCUCACCAGCGUCCUUCCCACUCGUGUUCCACGACCUGCCACCAUUGCCACGAGAGCGACAGACUACGUCACCAGGGAUGGCUUCCUUGAAGACGUGCACGAGGGCAUGAAAGCAGCUCCAAUGUCAAUUCGUUUGACCCCUCAUGUUUUAAGUGUGGCCGACUGGAAUAACCCCUUCGAAGACCCCAUCCGUCGUCAGUUCAUCCCCCUGAAGUCGGCUAUCCAAAAAGAUCACCCAGCUUUGUCACUCGAUUCCCUUGGUGAGAAGGACGAUUCCCCGGUAUCUGGUCUGGUACAUCGCUAUCCAGACAAGGUUCUCUUUCUCGCAACUUCUGUUUGCCCUGUAUACUGCCGCUUCUGCACACGAUCCUACGCCGUCGGCAACAACACCGAGUCAGUAACGAAGGACUCCCAAAAGCCAACGAGAAAACGAUGGGAGGCAAUGUUCCAAUACAUCGAGUCCAACCCGCAGAUCUCAGACGUAGUGGUCUCUGGAGGAGAUUCCUAUUACCUACAACCCGAGCAGCUACAAGCGAUAGGAGACCGCCUUCUCUCCAURCCACACAUUCGACGCUUUCGCUUCGCCACAAAAGGACUCGCUGUAUGUCCCAUGCGAAUACUGGAUCCCGAAGAUCGAUGGUCACAGGUCUUCGUCGAACUUAGCGACAAGGGCCGGAUGAUGGGCAAACAGGUCGCUAUGCAUACACAUUUCAACCACCCGAACGAGAUCACCUGGGCGACCGAGCAAGCCGCAAACUACCUAUUCCAACGCGGCGUCACUGUUCGCAAUCAGAGCGUGCUAUUGAGAGGCAUCAACGAUGAUGUUGAUACGAUGGGAACUUUGAUUCGAAAAUUGGCGGAUCUGAACGUUCAGCCCUACUAUGUCUAUCAAUCAGACAUGGUGAGUGGCGUUGAGGAGCUCCGUACUCCCCUAUCAACAAUUCUCCGCCUGGAGGAGAAUAUUCGAGGAACGAUUGCGGGGUUCAUGAUGCCCUCAUUCAUCGUCGAUCUGCCGGGAGGUGGAGGCAAGAGACUGGCGCACAGUUACGAGACAUAUGAUGAGCAAACGGGAGUAAGCACUUGGAAAGCACCUGGUGUUGCUGGCGACGAGAUGUUCACCUACCACGACCCGAUUGAAGACUGA